CCGGCUCCGCCCCUGGGCAAGGCCUUCCAGGUCACCUGGGAGUCUCCGCCCAAUGGGACAGACCUGACCCGCAGCGGAGGCGGUAGUGCUCGGGACCAAGCUGGGGAUCUUGGAGGGAGACAGGAUGGCAUCAUCGGGCCCUGACCCACCAUGUUCCUGCGACUGCUUUGUCUCAGUGCCCCCUGCCUCGGCCAUCCCAGCCGUGAUCUUUGCCAAGAACUCUGACCGACCCCGGGACGAAGUGCAGGAGGUGGUGUUUAUACCAGCAGGCACUCACAUUCCUGGGAGCCAGCUCCAGUGCACCUACAUUGAGGUGGAGCAGGUGUCGAAGACCCACGCUGUGAUCCUGAGCCGCCCUUCUUGGCUGUGGGGGGCUGAGAUGGGCGCCAAUGAGCAUGGUGUUUGUAUUGGCAACGAAGCCGUGUGGACCAAGGAGCCCAUUGGGGAGGGGGAAGCCCUGCUGGGCAUGGAUCUACUCAGGCUGGCUUUAGAACGGAGCAGCUCAGCCCAGGAGGCUGUGCACGUGAUCACAGGCUUGUUGGAGCGCUACGGGCAGGGGGGCAGCUGCCGAGAGGACCCCACACCAUUCUGCUACCACAACACCUUCCUGCUGGCCGACCGGACUGAGGCGUGGGUGCUGGAGACGGCAGGGAGGCUAUGGGCUGCACAGAGGAUCCAGGAGGGGGCCCGCAACAUCUCCAACCAGCUGAGCAUCGGCACGGACAUCUCGGCAGAACACCCCGAGCUUCAGACCCAUGCCCGGGCCCAGGGCUGGUGGGGUGGGCAGAGCACCUUUGACUUCGCUCAGGUCUUCUCCCUGACCCAGCAGCCCGUGCGCAUGGAGGCCGCCAAGGCCCGCGUCCGGGCCGGGCAGGAGCUGCUGCAGCAGCAGCAAGGGGACAUCACAGCAGAGGUGAUGAUGGGCAUCCUCAGGAACAAGGAAAGUGGCAUCUGUAUGGACUCUGGAGGCUUCCGCACCACGGCCAGCAUGGUGUCCAUCCUGCCCCGGGAUCCCACACAGCCCUGCGUUCACUUCCUCACUGCCACACCAGACCCGUCCAGGUCAGUGUUCAAACCUUUCAUCUUUGGGGUUGGGGCAGCCCAGGCCCCCCAGGUGCUCUCCCCCACUUUUGGAGCACAGGACCCUGCUCGGACCCUGCCCCGAUUCCAGACUCAGGUGGAUCGCCGGCACACUCUCUACCGUGGACACCAGGUGGCCCUGGGGCUGAUAGAGAGUGAGCAGGGUCGGGGGCAGCAGCUCCAGCAGAAGCAGCGGGAUCUGGAGCAGGAAGGCCUGGAGGCUGCGCGGAGGCUGCUGGCUGGGGAGUGGACCCCACCCCCCCAGGAGCUGGGCGGCCUCUUCCAGGCCUUUGUGGAGAGGGAGAGCCAGGUGUAUGCCUGAGCACCCCAGCUCCUCUCAGCCUGGGCUGGGGUGCGGGGGGCUGGGGGAUGGGUGCAGGACCCUGGGGUAGUGGGAUCAGAGCAAUCCCUUCACCCCGCUCAGCCUUGUUCUGAGUGGCCAGCUCGGCCUUUGCCUUAAUAAAUGUCUUUUAUUUCCUUGUUCAGUGAA